CCAAAGUUGAUACUCGGUCGAUGUUGGACAAAUUUGAUCAAACCGCUGUUUUCCACGACGGUAAAUGAGUAGAUUAUAUUAUAACUAGUACAAGUAGAAAAUCUCGGAACAUCCAGUUUAGUCUGAACAUACUGCAGGAAGUUUCUUCGCCGCAUUGCACUUUAGCUUUACUUAGCUAGCCUACCUAGAGUAACGACCUGGAGUAGAGUCACACAGUUCGGUUAAUUGGUACCGGUGAACAUUCGACCGCUCAAACAGUUGCUUGUGUCAGAUUUCGGAACAAAUAAUAAAACAAAUAAUUUAACGCGGUAAUCUCUCAUUCAUCUUCAUCCUUUGAUGCAAGACCGUCCAUUAUGACACGGUGGGCUAGAGCCAACAAUGUGCACAAACACAAACCUGGAGAUGCAACACCCUGGAGCCAGCUGCGGGCGCGUGGCAGUGGCAGGGGGAAUGGGUCGGGUUCCGAAUCAGGUGGCGGCGGACCCGCGAGCUCUGCCCGCAGGCCGUCGCGAGAUAGAGCCUCACAGGCGAUGCGACACACUCAACCGGGACCAAAAGGCAAGAAAAGCAACACGAAAAAGAGAGAUUUUAACAGUGAAGACGUGAACGGAUUUAUUGAAUACUUAAAGCAGACCGGACAGCCGCUGCCUGGAGGAGCGCCUGGCGCGGAGGGGGAAUUGAGAGAGGACGUCGCCACCGCACUGAAAAAAGACAAGAGGAGAGAAGACAGGCGAGUGAAGAGACAGAAAAGCAAGAAGGACAACAUGGUGUGUUUUCACUGCAGGAAGCCGGGCCAUGGACUCGCCGACUGCCCGGACGCAGACGGCGACGAGGAGAUGGGAAGAGGAAUCUGCUACCGCUGCGGCUCCACGGAACACGAGAUCCAGAGGUGUCGCGCCAAAGUUGACCCCGCCCUUGGCGACUACCCCUACGCCAAGUGUUUCAUCUGUGGGCAAACGGGCCAUCUCUCCAAAUCCUGCCCUGAUAAUCCCAAAGGACUGUAUGCUGCAGGAGGUUGCUGUCGAGUGUGUGGUUCUGUGGAGCAUUUUCAGAAAGACUGCCCAGAGCACCAGACAAGCACCAGCUCUGUCACCGUCAGCCGUCUGUCCAACAGAAUGAGCGCUGACCACGAAGACAUCCACGUUCCCGUGAGGAAGAUCCAGCCGAAGCAGGCCAAAGUGGUUCUGUUCUGACUCGCAACUGAACGCCAGUGGUUCUGUUCUGACUGGCAGCUGAGCACCAGUGGUUCUGUUCUGACUGGCAGCUGAGCACCAGUGGUUCUGUUCUGACUGGCAGCUGAGCGCGGGCAUUGGCUCAGGACUGCUUUAGUCUUCACUCUGAGCUUGUGAUAAAAAUGAGAUGUUUUGUUACACUGGCUUUUUGUCAGACUCUUUAUAAACGGACGGGAGUGCAGACAGACGCAGUGCGUGCCUGUCCAGACUGAACACAGACUGAACACACACACACACAGCCAAUACAG